AUGGCUCCACAUAAUAUAUUCAAAAGUGCACAACUAUAUAAGAAAAGAAACUGUAGUGAUGACACAUCAUGUAGCAAAUUACAACACUCAGUAUGUGUCAAGCCAGCUAGAACAACAGUUGCUAUGACAUCGAUUGCUUCUACUGAAAGUUCUAGUUCGCAAAUAAUAUAUGGCAAAUGUGAAUGUGACAGUGGAUAUUAUUAUAACAACUCACAAUUUGCUUGCCAGAAAGUUCUUCGAAAUAAUUGUGGUGUAAGUGAUGGUGCAAAUACAUGCAGUUAUGUACAACAUGCUAUAUGUGCAGAGAAUAAAACUUGUGUAUGUGGACCAGGUUUUGAAAUUAACGCUCAAAAUACGUCUUGCAAUGAAGUUCAUAAAAGUACAUGUUCGCCACAAAAUCAACAUUUUGGAUGCUUGUUUUUACCUAAUUCAAUAUGCACCAUUGAAACCAAAAACAGUGGUUCCUCACUUAUAACAGUACGUUACCAUUCAUCCUCAACAUUUUUAUCAUCACCGUCAACAAAAACAACAGCAACAACAACAACAACAACAUCAGCAAUAACAAGUCAACUAAGCGACGAAGCAGAGAGCUUUACAUGCUUAUGUAAACAUGGAUACUACUACCUUCAGCUUAACGAAACGCACGCUGCUUGUGAACCCGUAUUAGGUCGGCCAUGUGACAAUGAUCAACAGUGUUCGGGAAUUAUCAAUGCUGUAUGCAAAGGAAUGCUACAUUCAACUACAGUAAAAAGGUGUUUUUGUGCAAAUGGAUUCGACUCAAGCAAUCAAUUGUUUUGCUUUGAAGUGUAUAGGAACAAAAACUGCAGUAAUGACACAUCCUGUAGCAGUUUACAACACUCAAGGUGUGUCAGACCAGUUAGUACAACGGUUAAAACGACAUCGAUUCCUUCAACUAAAACGAUUCUUACAGAAACAUCUAUUUCGCAAAUCAUAUAUGGCAAAUGUGAAUGUGACAGUGGAUAUUAUUAUAAUAACUCAAAGUUUGCUUGCAAGAAAGGAUGCAAUCUUCCGGAUGUAGGCAACACAUUAACGGUUAUUGAAUCAAGUCAGGCAAAUGAUAACUUAUUUAAACAAGGUUUUGUUCUGAAUUACAAGUGUAAAGAAGGAUAUGUAUUCGAUAACAACUCCACAAAUCACGUUAUAAAGAAUACGACAUGCUUAUUUGACGGAACAUUUCAGCAGUUAAAAAGUUGCUAUAAAAAAGACUGUCAUAAACCGGAACACGCACCUUCCGAAAACAUUCAGUCGAUAAAUCUGACGCAAAAAAAUGAGACGACAUAUAAAGCAAACGCAACAGUUAUUUGCUUGCCUGGAUAUGUCUACCCCAAUGGAAGUAGCCGAAAAACCCAAUACAAUAUAAGUUGCACAUCAAAAGGGACUUGGGAAAUCAAAUACAACUGUGUGAAGAUAGGUCUUUAA